GCUGCCUCCCGAUCACAUUUAAAGGUGGGAGCAAAGGCCCCGCUCUGCUGGCACUUCGAAACCGCACAGACUCUCGGGGGCAGAUGAGCAAUGACUCCCCAGAAGGUGCCGUGGGCUCCUGCAACGCAACAGUUUAUUUUAGUUCUCAACUCCAGCAAGCUGUGCUGACAGUUCACCUGAGGUGAGGAGAAUCAUUUUAACCAAGACCGUUGAGACAGUUCAUAUACCGGAUUACUUUUGCCAGUACCCCUAACACCCACAGUUGCGGUCAGAUUGAGCUACAAGCCGAUGCCAUUCCAACAGUAACUACCUGGCCAAGUUUAAGAAUACCACUGUAACACUCCUGGAGGCUCAGUGAGGCGUUUAUUCACAAGGGAUUUGAAAUGACAAAGUCCAGCAACCCAGUCUUCUCUGCUUUCUGGUGUGAUCGGCAGAGAAAUGCAGAGGCAAGGGAAACGGGACAGCCAAGACGGGGAUCUUUGGCUCUGUGUUCCAAACAUAAGUGGCCAAGUGCCUAGAAGACUUAAAAGAACAGCGGAGGAUGCCAAUGUUAAGGGAGGAUAUGGACUCAUUUCCAGCAAGCAACGGGAGGAAAAUGAUGGCAAAUAGGAAGAAGAUGGACUCUGGAAAAGGGUUAACGAGAGAGUUUGCUUCUUGCUCUAACAAAGACUACCCGCCUCCUGCGGCUCCAAAGCGGCUUAUAUCCAUCUAGAAGUAAAUUUUUGAGUGCCUAGAAAGUCGUUUCAAUCCCUCAAAAACCUACAACCGAUAAGCCUUAAGCGGCAAGGAGAAACUUUUGCCUUCUAAAGAAUGAACGGUUAUUCCGUGCAGGAGAAAUCCCUUUGCAGGAGCAUCCUGUCUCGCGAACCGGGAACUCGCGCCCAGCCAAGUGAGCAAGGAUCCUCUCUGUGCGGCUGCAGAAGAUGCGAGCCCUAGGCUGCAGAUGGAGACCUGGUGGCUCUACUCCUGUCUAUAUUUUUUUCUUCAUUGGAGUCAGGGGUUGGGGGAUGAAAAGGCACUCUUGAUCCCCAAGGUAAGAAUCCUAGAACUGAUUCUUGUGCAGCAAACACAGGGAAUCCCAUGGUAAGGUGCACUGGCCAGCUCCUCCGCUAUCGUGCUACAGUCUGAGACCGUCUGUCUCAGAGUUGCCAAAAGCCAGGAACUUUAAAGAGGACACCGAAAGCACCAUGUCCCCGGGAUGCCACUUGGUCAAUUCCGUGCAACUGUGACUGUUCCUUUUCCAGCCUUAAGGGGUUGGAAUCAAGAGAAGGGAGUCGGGGAAAGAGCGUAUUGCAGAAGAAUGUGGAAUUCUCUGCGAACCAAAAUCAUGAAAAACAUCUGAAUAAAACGGAAAACUGUGAUGACGAGAAACUGUCCCUGGCAUUCCUGGCAGGUCGCAUGCCUGGAGUCCCAACCCUGGAUCAGCCAAGCCGCUGCACUGCAACAUGAGUUUAGGUGCAAUGGCUGUUGCUCUUUCCGACACUGACUGUCCAACUAGAGGCAACCGAGGCACUGCCGGGGACACUCAAACCGGGUGUGCAGAGAUGGUCCCUGAGGGGAGUCAGCAGGAUUGCCAACACCGGCACCUGCACUCCUCCGCCUGUCAGCUUCUCCCAACUCCGAAGUUUCUGUUCACAGCGCCCAUUGCGCCAGUUUUUUUUCUACAGCAGCGGUGGGGACUCCAGGCUGCUGAAGGAAUAGGGGGCCUAAGUAAGCCACUAGUGACAGAUGGUCUUUGUAUUGUAAAGUGAUGAACUCUUUAUAUUUCGUGUUCGAACCCUAGUUUGCUCCUUCUAUCUUCCGGACCCACCAGGACAAAUUGGGCUGAUGUAGAGUUCCUUUUAAAGUGGGUAUUGGCAAGGCAGUCCCGGAAUGAACAGCCUUUUGAGACAUUCUAAUGGGAAUACUGCCUCGAUUUUAAACUUGCUAAAUGUCCAAAUUUGAAUCCCCCUCCAGGAACUCUGGCCAAAAGCCUACUCUGUUGAUACUGCUGGACUAGAGAGAGGAUUCCGUGGUUCAGGUCACCCGCCCACAGGCGGAUGUGGUUUGCACACAGCUGGAACAGAGGCUAGGCUGUGGGUUUAGCAUCUGGAACGCCAGAUCCAGAUGUGCCACCUCCAGUGAGAUUGGCCGGCCAGGGGCAUACACCACGCACAGAGUGUCAGGGUGCUGGGACCUGAUGCGGCGGGGCCCGAGUCCGGGUGGACGCGCAACGUGGGCGCGGGCGGUGGCGGCUCCGGGAGCGCCUGCUCCGCCAGUGGGCGUCUUCUGCCGCCGCCACCGCCGCCGCCUCCACGGGCAGCGGCACUGCGGCGCUUUUCUCCGCUGCUCCGGAGCAGCCGCCGAGGCUCUUGCUCCGGAGCGCGCACACACCACGCCACGCCCGCAGGCAGCGUCCCGGCAGCCCCUUGCGGGGCCGGGAAGGACGCGGAUCCUGCGUACCAGCCCGCACCCGGGCGCGGCGAUCGGGACUCUUCUCCCCGCCCGGGGUCCUCGUGAAUCCCAAAGGGAACACGAUGUGAACCCCCGGCCGGAGAGGCACCAGAGACCCAAGAGGCAGACCGGACCAGAGCCUGGGCCGCGUCGCGGGGAGGGCCGGUGCUGCGGGGGCGGAGCCCGCCGAGUCCCGGCCGCCGCGCCCUCCCGCCUGCCCCCCUAGCAGGCUGGGGAGGAGGGCCAUGGCCAGCCCGGAGGAGCGGCUCGCUCCCCGCCCCCAGGCCCCGCUGCCGGAGGUUGGGGACGAGCCCGGCCGUGGUCAAGUCCGUCUGGAACCCCGGCGCGGCGCGGCCAGCGGGCGGAGUGCUGUGGGCCUGAGCUUGGCCCGGGAGCUGCUCGGCUGCGGCCGGGAGGAGCUAGCGGCGCCCCCGCCCCUGUCCCGGUCCCUGUCUCCCGCAGGCCACGCCAGCCCCGCUGGGGGCCCCGGCGCCCUCUCAGUUCUCAGCGCCGGAGGCUGCGGCUGGGUGGCGGCCCGUGCUCCUUGGGCGCUCGCCUUCUCCUCCCCUGUUCCCUCCUCCUCCUUUUCAUCUUCCUGGUACUUCUGGCCGCCGCCCCCCCUACCCCCUCCCCCUCUUGUCCCCUCCUCAUCUGCCUUCCACCUCCCAGAGCGUCUCCCGAGAAGGGAGGGAGCAGCGGCGGCUGGAGGAGGAGGAGGAGGCGGUGGCGGCGAUGCUGGCGGCGGAGGAGGAGGACAAGAGGCAGAUCCCUUGAGCGUCCCCCCAGGCAGUAGUCACCGCAGCGGCGGUGGCAGCAGCGGUGGCAGCGGCGGGCGGUGGCGGCUCUUCCUUUCGCCUGCGAUCCAAGGCUUGCUGCUCCCAGCCCGCUCCGGGCCCCGGCCACCUCCACCGCCGCGGCUCCCCUUACACCCGGGCGCACACCGCGCGGACUCCUUGGGUUUUCCGGGUGCCGGCGGGGGCUGCCCUGGCCUCGGCCCCGGCUCUGCGGCCGGUGGCCGAACUCCGUGGCGGCCCCGAGGCACCGCCCUCCCCCUUGCCACUGCCUGGCCGCUGCUCUUCGGCUCCGACAUGGAAGAUGGACCCUCUAACAAUGCGAGUUGCUUCCGAAGGCUGACCGAGUGUUUCCUCAGCCCCAGUUUGACGGAUGAAAAGGUGAAGGCCUAUCUUUCCCUCCAUCCCCAGGUAUUAGACGAGUUUGUUUCUGAAAGUGUUAGUGCGGAGACCGUGGAGAAGUGGCUGAAGAGGAAAAACAACAAAGCAGAAGAUGAACCAUCUCCUAAGGAAGUCAGCAGGUACCAGGACACGAACAUGCAGGGAGUCGUGUACGAGCUGAACAGCUACAUAGAGCAGCGCCUGGACACCGGCGGGGACAACCACCUGCUCCUGUACGAGCUAAGCAGUAUCAUCAGGAUAGCCACAAAAGCCGACGGAUUUGCACUGUACUUCCUUGGAGAGUGCAAUAAUAGUCUGUGUGUCUUCACACCACCCGGAAUGAAGGAAGGUCAACCCCGUCUCAUCCCCGCAGGGCCCAUCACCCAGGGCACCACCAUCUCUGCCUAUGUGGCCAAGUCUAGGAAGACCCUGCUGGUAGAGGACAUCCUUGGGGAUGAGCGAUUUCCCAGAGGCACUGGUCUGGAGUCAGGAACCCGAAUCCAGUCUGUCCUUUGCUUGCCUAUUGUCACUGCCAUUGGAGACUUGAUUGGCAUCCUUGAACUGUACAGGCACUGGGGCAAAGAGGCCUUCUGCCUCAGCCAUCAGGAGGUUGCAACCGCCAAUCUCGCUUGGGCUUCCGUAGCAAUACACCAGGUGCAGGUGUGCAGAGGUCUCGCCAAGCAGACCGAACUGAAUGACUUCCUGCUCGAUGUAUCAAAGACAUACUUUGAUAACAUAGUCGCCAUAGACUCUCUACUUGAACACAUCAUGAUAUAUGCAAAAAAUCUAGUGAACGCCGACCGCUGCGCGCUCUUCCAGGUGGACCACAAGAACAAGGAGCUGUAUUCGGACCUGUUUGACAUUGGGGAGGAGAAGGAGGGGAAGCCCGUCUUCAAGAAGACCAAGGAGAUCAGAUUUUCCAUUGAGAAAGGGAUUGCUGGUCAAGUGGCAAGAACGGGAGAAGUCCUGAACAUUCCUGAUGCCUACGCAGACCCGCGCUUUAACAGGGAGGUGGACCUGUACACAGGCUAUACCACGCGGAACAUUCUGUGUAUGCCCAUAGUGAGCCGCGGCAGCGUGAUCGGUGUGGUGCAAAUGGUUAACAAGAUCAGCGGCAGCGCCUUCUCCAAGACGGAUGAGAACAACUUCAAGAUGUUUGCUGUCUUCUGCGCUCUGGCCCUGCACUGCGCUAACAUGUACCACAGGAUCCGCCACUCAGAGUGCAUCUACAGGGUUACCAUGGAGAAGCUGUCUUACCACAGCAUCUGCACCUCUGAGGAAUGGCAAGGCCUCAUGCACUUCAACUUGCCAGCACGCAUCUGCCGGGACAUCGAGCUAUUCCACUUUGACAUUGGUCCUUUCGAGAACAUGUGGCCUGGGAUCUUUGUCUACAUGAUCCAUCGGUCUUGUGGGACAUCCUGUUUUGAACUUGAAAAAUUGUGCCGUUUUAUCAUGUCUGUGAAGAAGAACUAUAGGCGGGUUCCUUACCACAACUGGAAGCAUGCAGUCACGGUGGCGCACUGCAUGUACGCCAUACUUCAAAACAACAAUGGCCUCUUCACAGACCUUGAGCGCAAAGGCCUGCUAAUUGCCUGUCUGUGCCAUGACCUGGACCACAGGGGCUUCAGUAACAGCUACCUGCAGAAAUUCGACCACCCCCUGGCUGCGUUGUACUCCACCUCCACCAUGGAGCAACACCACUUCUCCCAGACGGUGUCCAUCCUCCAGCUGGAAGGACACAACAUCUUCUCCACCCUGAGCUCCAGCGAGUACGAGCAGGUGCUGGAGAUCAUCCGCAAAGCCAUCAUCGCCACUGACCUCGCACUGUACUUUGGGAACAGGAAGCAGUUGGAGGAGAUGUACCAGACAGGGUCGCUGAACCUCCACAACCAGUCCCAUCGAGACCGUGUCAUCGGCUUGAUGAUGACUGCCUGCGAUCUUUGCUCUGUGACGAAACUAUGGCCAGUUACAAAAUUGACAGCAAAUGAUAUAUAUGCAGAGUUCUGGGCUGAGGGGGAUGAGAUGAAGAAGUUGGGGAUACAGCCCAUCCCUAUGAUGGACAGAGACAAGCGAGAUGAAGUCCCUCAAGGACAGCUUGGAUUCUACAAUGCUGUGGCCAUCCCCUGCUAUACCACCCUGACGCAGAUCCUCCCACCCACAGAGCCUCUGCUGAAGGCCUGCAGGGAUAACCUCAAUCAGUGGGAGAAGGUAAUUCGAGGGGAAGAGACAGCAAUGUGGAUUUCAGGCCCAGCAACUAGCAAAAGCACAUCUGAGAAGCCGACCAGGAAGGUCGAUGACUGAUCCUGAGGUGAUGUCUGCCUAGCAACUGACUCAACCUGCUUCUGUGACUUCGUUCUUUUUAUUUUUAUUUUUUUAACGGGGUGAAAACCUCUCUCAGAAGGUACCGUCGCAUAUCCAUGUGAAGCAGAUGACUCCCUGCGCACACCUCGGACCGUGAGCAACCCGGGCUCCACCGUGUUCAGACGUCGGCUAUUCCAUGGCUCCGCCUGACUCCCGAAUGCCAUUUGCUACCAGGCCAGAACUGCGCUGGCUGGAGGGGGCAGAGACGACAGGAGGGGUUCUUACCUGCAUCCUUCCAUGAGGGUGUGGUUCUGUGUUUCAUCUCUAACAGAGAUGCUACUGCUUGGUGGCGUUUGUUAGAAAUGGGACACACGCCCCUGUCGUGAAGUUUACAUGUGACCUUCUUGUAGGUAACUUGAGUUCGUAGCCUGGGACCCCUGUAAUGAAGGUUACAGUCCACAGGUGAUAGAGAAAUUCAAGCUGUAAGUUACAGGUGCACUAUAAGUGUGUUCAUUCAGUUUACCUGGGGGCAUGGAGGUGAGUCAGCUCCACGAGGAAGGAAGCAUACCUCUGCCCUCAUCAAGGGGACACAGGGUACAUCCCAGGCAUCAGAGAACUGCAGCUCACCUCAAACCAUGUCAAAGAAUUAAAACACACCCCCAUCCCCUCACUGUAGCCUUUGGCAACUUCGCCAAACCCUUCACACAAAGAAAAUAAAAGUAAGGCGUAUAAAUUUCCUCCAGCAAGCAAAUCUUGUGAGUAAAAAAAAAAAAUGUAAAUUUUAACAAUUUCUUUAUAUUUUCACUGUGUGUUAUGGCAGAAUUUUAGUCACGUCCAAAACAAAAGAUUAUUCUAGAAGACACCUCAACCCAUGCUAUACCCUCCUCAGAGGCACUGACAGCAUGGCCUCUCCUCCAUGCCGGACAGGAAGAGGUCCAGGACUACCACAUUGACUCUGAUGGUGUCUCCUCUCACCAUUCAGACAUCCACAAGAACGAACGAAUGCCGAACACCCGCCAUGUGUGGAUAGUUCUCCUGUGUGACUUUCUAGAGAAGCCAGAACCCCCUGGGCCCUCCCUGUGGAGUCCUAAGGAAGCCACACAGGUUCAAGCCAUGGGGAUUUUCAGAAUAGCGGCAUGGAAACCAGAGGAGCGAAGCUCGGUUGUUCUCACUCAGUGAACCUUGAGAAGGAAGAGACUGACUGGCCAGAGACCAAACACUCAGCCCUCGGGCAGGAGCCUGCAACGUCGUUUUAAAACAAAUUUUCGGAAUAGAUUUUGAUACACCCGAUACUGUACACACAGGUGCUUGGCAUUUGCAAAAUCUCUUCAGUUCCCUUCCACACAUUGACUUACACUUGGAGCAGAGUGGGCCGAACGCAACCCUGUCUUCACUUUAACACUGUCUGUGCAAUUUCCCCGCAGGUUUCUAAAACAUUAACACCCCUCCCCUCUGUGUGCUACUCCAUUUACUGUUAUAGGGUGAUGUCAAUGAGAGAAGCUACCACAGCACCAGGGCUGUGCACACAUGUGCACACACACUCAUGCAUGGUGUGAGGACAAGCACACAUAUGUACAGCAUGCACACACACACACACACACACACACACACACAUACACACACACACGAGACAAAAGGAGAGAAAAGGAAGCAAACAUUUAUAAAAACGAUGGUCACCCUCAUACGCAAAAGCAGUUGUUUUCCCUGUGUGGAAACAGGCUGCUCUCCACAAGAAAAUGUGCAUGUGUUCUCCCCUGAGUGUGCUCUCCCGUGAGAGCCCACUGAAGCUAGUCUACUUUUCUCAUACAAACAGGUGACUCUGGCUUCAGCAAAAAGCCACUCGAGCCACACAAGUUGAUCAUCUAUCAUCUUGGAUCUGAAUUGCAAGAAGGGGGCGGCAUUUAAGAUGAUUGUUUAAUUCAGGCAUUGGGAAGGCCCUCGCCUGUGAAUUCUGUCUCCGAGCAUAUAAAAGGACUCUGGUGUUGGGACACCUAUGAUUCCUUUAGCAUUUCAUGGUUGCCGUGGAAAUAGGGAUUUUCCCGAAAUCUCUUAUAAUUUGACCUAAGCAAGAACUUUGUAUGGCGUGGCCCUGCCUGGGGCAGUUUUGCAGAGGAACCUCCUGGGGAUUUAUCAGCUGGUCAGCCUCUUGUGAAAUAGUAUCCUGUGCGAAUCGGUUUGGAAAAAAAGAUUACGCCUGGGAAAACCUUUGCAAUAUUGUUCCCUCCAUUUGCCAAGAUUCAGUGAGGAGGCAUAAAUCUGCCCAAACCAGGCCAAGGAUACAGCCUAGUUAAUAAUUUCGUUAAUAAUCCGGUUUCAGAAUAAUUCGUGCAGUCAGGAGUGGCUGUGUGUGUGUGUGUGUGUGUGUGUGUGUGUGUGUGUGUGUGUGUGUGUGUGUCGGCAAGUGGAAUGCAUUUAGCAGACAGGCACGUGAAUCCCUCCUCUUAGCUUCUCCCACCUCUUGUCUCAGGAAGAUUUUUCUCUCCAAAGGUUUCCAGGAAUUUCUCAUUAAUGGCUGAUGCGAACUUAGUGACUAAUAGUGAAUACAAACAGAAUGCUCAACUUAACCAAAAUUAUAUUAUUUAUCAUCAUUUUGUGGUACACAAAUUUUGUAGCAAUGGUGAAUAUUUAUUUUCUUUCCACAUACCAUGGUUAUAUUAUUUUCUUAUGAUAUGUAAGUGCGUGUCAACACCAACGUGAAGUAUUGACCCUGGGCAGCCAAAAUACAGUCCUAAAGUUUGUAAACAUCGAUUAGAUGUCAGCCCCUUAGAGGUUCUGAGAGGCUGUGGGGCAGUGAGAAGCAUUGCUGGGCUGGCGGUCAGGCUUCCACCUUGCUAGGAAGAGAGCAGUUGAAUCCUGUCCCCAGCUCCCUCCAGCCUGAAGAGUGUGCUGGUCAGACUGUCGCUGAGGGAUUCCAAGUGACCUACUCCCACACCUGCAAAAAAUAGGCAGUUUGAUGUGACCUGUUUAGUGUGGCUCUCCUCUGUUGAGCAUGUGCUAGCAUUUUUUUUUUAUUUUAUGCACACCCAGUGAACUCUGCUCUUUCAAGUAUGUUCAUGUAUGUGCUAGAUAUGUUAGCACAGCCUGCCUGGUGCUGCACAACGCCUCAGAGACGGAGCCUUUCGAUGAGCUUAGCUUGGUGCGCCAUGCUGACGCUCUCUUAGGUCUAAGUUAUGGUUAUGGUGUCAGCUUUAAUAGAACAAAAGUAUGCACCUUGCCUUGGCAUGAGCCUUUCGGUUUUCAAUGCUGACUUCUCCCCUUCCUCUCCUGUGCUCACCUUACCUUUCCUGAGUGUACGACAUUUAAAGAGGGCAUGUCCCUGGUGGGGCAUCCCUUCUCAGGUCCCUGCCAUGCCCCCACUUCACUGACAUCUACCCCUGGUAACUUUGGGAUCCUCUUGUUUGAAGGGAACUAUGGCUCCAGUUAGAGGCAUGAAUCUGUUGGGUUCUGGCUCUCCGACCUGGCUUGUGGUUUUGAAAAUCUCUCUGUAUAUUCCAACCCCUCCUUUGCCUUGUUUGAUGCUGAUGCUGUGUUAGUAGGGUUCUUGGAAGACGUCAUCCACAAGCCACAGACCCCUCCUGUGGCAAAGCGUCAGGCUGACUCGCCGGCAUCGUGAGAUCUGAGUUAGUCGCACACGCACUGUAAGCCAUGGCUUCCCUUUGCACGGCGGUUACAUCUUCGCCCGUGAAUUUUUGUCGCCGCCCAUCUGGAUGACAUUAUCUAUAUACUAAAUUGAAAUUAGAGGUGCCCAGCAGAGUCCAGCGAUCUCGAUGUCUUUGAAACAAAGCUGUACAGUCUGACCAGUGAAAGUGUCUAAGGCACUUCAUGCAGUGACAGAAUGCUCAGUCGUGGAAGGCAGGCUGUGAUCAGUCUGCCUGCUCCCUACGGUAGCUGUGGGGAUUUGUAACUGAAACAGCACAGGGAGGCCUGGCCCUGUGGGGGAGAAGGGAAAGGCCAAGCACCAGGGUGGAACCUUAGUUGAACCCAGUGUCUCAAGAGGAAGCCAGGGCACGUAUCUCAGUGCUCAAUCUCCAGAGACUAUGUAUACAUUUGCCAGUUUUAUCUCUAAUGUGAACUCAACCCCCAAACACUUAUUUAUCGUGUAGUCCACCUAAAAUACUAAUAUUCUAUUACCAGCAUCCCCACUUUCUUUCUUGGUUUGGUCACCCUGGUCCCCGGGUCUUCUGCUGUAUCUAGAAUGGUGAACAUAAAGGACGUACGGGAAUACUGUUUCCAUAUGAUCUGUUGUCUGCUGUGUAUGCUACAUGUCCAUUUACUGUACAAAAAAACGUGCAACUGAUUGAUUCACAGCAGUAUCUCCCUAUGUACAGUGCCCCACCUAUUUAAAAAAAAAAAUCACGUACUUGCCCAGAACACUGUGAAACACUUUACCAAACGACAAACGCAGCGUCUGGAUUCUUUCCGAGAAGAGCAACUUUCUCCACAGGAGCACAGUAACAAAAGAGAUCCGCCGCCGCCAUCCGCUCCCAGCCAAGACACCUCAGAGGCCAUGGGGACAAUCGCCUUGCUGACCACCACCUGCUGGAGCAGGGGCACAGGUCCCAGCAACUGAUCCUCAGUGGAUGCGUCUGCAGCCAAAGCCUUAAUGGGCUCUCUUUUGAAGGGGAAAGAAGGAAUUUCGAGCUAAUGAUAUCCAACAUUAUUAUAGUUGAUGAGUUAGUAAAUUCCAAAAAAAAAAAUGAUUUUAUAUGUAAGACAUAAAAAAAACUUUGUAAAGUGCGCAAGUGCAAUAAUUUAAAGAGGUCUUAUCUUUGCAUUUAUAAAUUAUAAAUAUUGUACAUGUGUGUAAUUUUUCAUGUAUUCAUUUGCAGUCUUUGUAUUUAAAAAAUCUUUACCGUUAUGUUUGUAUAAUAGAACAUUAAUCAUUUAUUAUAACAGACAAGGUGUAAAUAAAUUCAUAAUUCAAACAGCCAGUAUAUAUGCAUAUAUGGGUGUUACAUUGCAAAAAAUUCUCUAUCUUUGUUCUAUUCACAUGCUUAAAGAAGUAAGAAAUCUUUUGUGGAUAUGUAUACAUAUAAAGUAUAUAUAUAUGUAUGAUACAUGAAAUAUAUUUAGAAAUGUUCAUAAUUUUAAUGGAUAUUCUUUGGUGUGAAUAAUUGAAUACAAAAUUUUUAAAAUA